AUGCCCCCCAUAGGGGGCCUCACAACGCUUUGGAUUUUCGGCCAUCAGAUCGAGCUGACGUGGCGCGAUUUCCGCCGUCGAUUUCGUCCAGGGCGCGAGGCCCUCCCACGAACCCGCGUUUUAUCCACGGGUCAGGGGACGAGCCCGCGUGGCCCGUUCGCUCCGCUCUCACCCGCCUCGCACGUCCUCCUCUCCCCCUCGCGCCCCUCCCAUCGCCGCCGCCGCCAGCUCCCAAUCCCGUCGCCCCCUCCUCCUCCACAAUCCCCUGCAGCGCCUCCUCCUCCAAUCCUCCCGCUCAUCCUCCCCCAAUCUUCUUCCAAUGGCUGCUCCUCUCUUGAGCUCUCCUUCGGUCCGCCGGUGGCGCUACUGCUGGUCGACGGUUUUACCGCGACACACAGAUGUGAGAACCACAUCCAGUCCACCCCAGGUUCGUCUGUCCUCUUCCCCACGGAUCUGGCGGUGGUGGGGUGGCGUGGAUCCUUCGAAUCCGGCGAAGGUGUAGCACGGGGAGGUGUGAUAGCAGCUGGCGGGCGCCUCCAGAUCGUAGUCUCACGGGAUCUGGGGCGGCAUCCUCUGCCCCGACCUGAGCGGGGCGUGCUGCUCCUCUACUGGAUUUGGGCGUCCAUGAUGAGCAGGGCAGCGCCUGGGGAGCAGUGCAAGCGGGCGAUUUCGACGGCGAGCAGGGCAAGCACCGGAGCAAAUCCGCUGCAGCUGGUGCGUCACCUGCAGGCUGUAGCAGGGACACCGCCAGCCAGGAGCGCAGCUGCUGCCCAGCUCCACCUCCGAUGUAUGUCGUGCUGAUGGAACGAUGAUGCAUGUGGGUCCUUGGCUUUGAACCUUCAGAAGAAAAGUUUUGAUUACAAUCGUUUUUACCUAUGCCAUCACACAUGAUGGAACAGGACUAGCAGUACUUGCUUACUCCAGACAACACAAUCUAAGCACGCCCAGUUCAUGGGCGACUUUGUUCCAGAACACGGCAAAAAAAAUCUGAUUGAUCAGUUUCAUUAGGUGCUUAUUCUCACCUUCCUUUCCAAUUUAUAUGCUUUGCAAGCAAAAUAUUUUCGAUUUGCAAGGCGAGAAGUUGUGUGCAAAUCCCAUAGUCUAUAUUGAAUGUUGCUCUGGAUUAAUCAAAAGGUCCUUUUCAGCUU